AUGGAUACCAGACCAGCAACGAAGGCCGGCUCAUGGUAUGAAAAGGACCCGGAAAUCUUGGCUGGAGAGCUCGACGAGUAUCUUGCCAAGGUUCCAGAGGAUGUCGAUGGUUCUUCGCUGCCGAUCCCGGGGGCUCGAAUCAUUAUUGCACCACACGCAGGAUAUGCAUACUCGGGACCAAAUGCGGCUUGGGCCUACAGCUGUCUGGAUCUCAGCAAGGCGAAGCGAGUCUUCAUCCUGGGGCCAUCUCAUACUUAUGGCUUCUCAGGCUGUGCUGUGACCACAUUUUCACAUUAUUCCACACCCUUUGGUGAUUUCACUGUGGAUAGGGAUACCAUUGAGCGGGUUAAAGAGGCUGGAGGUAUGAAAAAUGCGCCGCCUAGGAACGAUGUCGCGGAGCAUUCCCUAGAAAUGCACUUGCCAUACCUCUACAAACGAUGUGAACAGACUUUCAAGUCCCCGGAGGAAUUCCCCAAAGUGGUCCCCAUCAUUGUUGGAAGUACCAGUCGAGCAGAUGAGAAGGAUAUCGGUCGACUUCUUCUGUCGUAUCUCAAGGACGAAGAAAAUGCCUUCAUCAUCAGCUCAGACUUUUGUCACUGGGGCUCGCGGUUUGACUAUGCCGUUUACACCCCGGAUGGGAACAUUGGCAAGCUAUCUUCUCUCCAUGACCGCAGCCCGAAGCCAUCGGGGCCGCCCAUUUAUGAAACGAUUCGUCUGCUUGAUGAAGCGGCUAUGGAUGCUGUCAAGAGCGGCAGCCAUGACGCCUUUGUGGAUAACCUUAGACUUACAGGAAACACGGUGUGUGGAAGGCAUCCAAUUGGAAUUGCAAUGGCAGCCCUCGAGCUCUAUGCUAAAGAGCUCAACGACGAAGGCAUGAGCCGCUUCAAAGUUGUGAAAUAUGACCGUAGCAGUGAAGUUAUAUGGCCGGAUGACUCGAGCGUCAGCUAUGUUUCUGCCUAUGCAGUUUUGUGA